AGAAGAGCCCAGAAAGAAAAAGAAAUGAGGCAGGAGAGAGAUGUGGUGUCUUCUUCAAAAGGGUUGUUUUGCCCCUUUCUCCUUCGCCUGUGAUUUCUUCCAUCUUCAUCCUUUACCGCCCGCCAAACAACCCUUUUAUCUCAUUCUUUCCUACCGAAAGAGAAACUAGCUAUGCAUAUAUAUAUAUAUAUAUAUAUACAUACAUAUAUACACGCACACACACAUACUCCGUGCAUGAUAUACUACUAGUACUUCAUUUCUUCUGCUCUGUUGAUCUGUUCUGUUCUUUUCUGCUGUCCCUGUUUUUACGGAAAAAGAAAACCUUUGAUGAGGCUGUGAUGAUGAUUCUCCGCUCUGCUUCUCUCUCUCUCUUUCUGGGCUUCUCGACAUUUGGGAUGACCCGACCCGUAUCUUGGCGUGGCAAUCCGGAAUUUGCAGCCAUGGCGGCCAGGGCUUUCAGAUUCGUCACGUGGAGAAGUAGAUCUGAGCCUCAGCGUCUCCCGAAUUCGUGUUCUUGGAAAAAUGGGUUGGGCGUCGAGGUUGAAGAUAAAUCAGUUACAUAUGAACACUUAUGAGAGACAAGCAGUGAAUGGAGGAAGGCAAGUGUAAUUGGAGGAGCACAACUUUGAGUUUUCAAGUCUCAAGAGAAAAGACACGAACAUGUCCCAAAUCUUUGCUAGUUUGCUUAGUUAUUUAAUGUUCUGAUCUGUUUUUGUGUCCAUUGACAUUGUGAGCUGUUUUAAUGGUUACUAGACUAGAAAGAGUGAAAAACUACUUGCAAUAUUGAAUUUAGUAUAUAUAUACAUAUAUAUAUACACACACGCGUGUGCGCACAUACUCCAUAUAUGAUAUACUACUAGUACUUCAUUUCUUCUGCUCUGUUCUGUUCUGCUGCCCCUGUUUUUAUGGAAAAAGAAAACCUUUGAUGAGGCUGUGAUGAUGAUUCUUCGCUCUGCUUCUCUCUCUCUUUCUGGGCUUCUCGACAUUUUGGGAUGACCCGACCCGUAUCUUGGCGUGGCAAUCCGGAUUUUGCAGCCAUGGCGGCCAGGGCUUUCCGAUUCGUCACGUUGAGAAGUAGAUCUGGGCCUCAACGUCUUGGCGAGACAAUUAUUACUGUUUGUUUGAUUGUGAAUCUCAGGAGCUUCUGGUGCUUGCAGCCAUGGGUAAGAUCUGCCUAUGCCCUUGAGAUUUUCUUCAUGGAUUAAGCUAUUUGUACCCCAAAAUUUGUGCACUUUUUGGUGUAAGUGUAGCAUGGUUGUUUCUUCAUAGAAUCAAACUUCAUUCACUUUUCAUAUUAUUCUGCUCUAAUUCUUAAAUAAAUUGUAUUGAAAAUCACUUCAGUCAAACAUCCUUAAUCGAUGCAUCCAAUUUAAAUUGGAAAAGUGGGAGCUCAAUGAAAAAUUGCGUAGUAACUUAUUGGGUUUGUUGUUGUAGGACAGGAAAAGGUUGGAAUUUAUGAGAUUGUCCUCCCCAAUUACAGAAAAGAAUUAUGACACUUGGGCUUUGUUUGGUUCUAAUGAGUAAAACUCAUCAACAACCAUUGGUGAUGAAGGCCUUGUUUGGGAUUAGCGUUUCUGAUUAGCAUAGGGUUUUGGAUAAAAUUUUAAUAGUAUACAAUUUUAAUGGUGUAGAUUGCUUUUGGAAACGCUAAGAACAGAUACUACACUUGAUCUUAGCCAAAAGGCAGAGAAAGACGGGGUUGUAGAUAUAAUGGAAUACAGUCAAACCUCUCUACAAGAUUCAUUUAUAUAUGAAGGUUUGAUUUGUACAUCAAGCUAAACCCAAAACCUUAAACCCUUAAUUUUCGGCUGUGAUGAUUAACUGGUUUCUAAACAAGAAAUUGGGUUUUUUACCCCCUGGCGUGGUAGCUUUUCUUGCAGCCAUGGUGGGUUCAACCUUACUUCUCGUAUUAUAAGAGAAAAGUUGAAUCUGAGCCACUUUGUUUAUAAGGAGUAGGUGCCAAUGCACUCUUUGGUCUUGUUUGGGACCAAUGUUUUUAGGGUCCGUUUGGUAUACGGAAUUGACAGAAUUG